CCCGAUCACUUCAAGAUGGCGGCGCUAAGCGGGGGAUCGGCUGAGGGGCCCUCACUGCUUAACGGGGACCUGGAGUCCGAGGCAGGGGGCCUGAGCGGAGCAGAGGAAAUGUCUGCGUCUGGGGGAUACCCGGAGGAGGUAUGGAAUAUCAAACAGAUGAUAAAAUUAACACAAGAGCACAUUGAAGCACUGCUAGCAAAAUUUGGAGGCGACAAUAACCCCCCCUCGUUAUAUGUGGAGGCUUAUGAAGAAUACACAAGCAAACUAGAUGCCCUACAAAAAAGGGAGCAACAGCUGCUGGAGUCCAUGGGCAAUGGGUCAGACUGCUCCUCUCUGUCCUCAGACACCCUUCCACUACCCCUGCCGCCUCCACCACCAACAUUGUCAGCGCUGCAGCCCCCGUCUGAUCUGUCACACAUGGCACCAAAAUCACCUCAGAAACCUAUUGUUAGAGUCUUCCUACCUAACAAACAACGCACAGUGGUGCCUGCCAGAUGUGGUGUUACUGUGCGGGACAGCCUAAAGAAAGCAUUGAUGAUGCGGGGGCUAAUUCCAGAAUGUUGUGCAGUAUAUAGGGACCAGGAAGGUGAGAAGAAACCUAUAGGCUGGGAUACAGACAUCAGCUGGCUUACUGGUGAAGAAUUGCACGUGGAAGUUUUGGAGAAUGUACCCCUCACAACACAUAAUUUUGUACGGAAAACUUUCUUCACUUUGGCGUUCUGCGAUUUUUGCCGGAAGCUUCUUUUCCAGGGUUUUCGUUGCCAGACAUGUGGUUACAAGUUUCACCAGCGAUGUAGCACUGAAGUUCCACUUAUGUGUGUAAAUUACGACCGACUCGAUUUGCUGUUUGUCUCCAAGUUCUUUGAACACCACCCAAUACCUCAGGAGGAAGUUCCUUUUGAAGAGGUCACUCCAGCUGUUGAAUCCAGUUCACCUUCACCCCCUCCAUAUACCGCUGGGCCUCUAAGCCUCCCAAGUAAUUCUCCCUCCAAGUCUAUACCCAUCCCUCAGCCUUUCCGACCAGCAGACGAAGAUCACCGAAAUCAGUUUGGCCAGCGGGAUCGUUCGUCCUCUGCUCCAAAUGUGCACAUAAAUACCAUUGAACCAGUCAACAUAGAUGACUUAAUUCGAGACCCUGGCCUCCAGCGCAGUGAGGGAGCCCCCUCGGUCCAGGCGACCCGCUGCCUUCGGAAAUACCACUCUCGGAACCCCAGCCCACUCCUACACACUGUCCCCAGUGAAAUAGUCUUUGAUUUUGAGCCUGACCCCGUUUGCAGAGUUGCAACUCCUGGCCUCUCUGCAACACCCCCAGCCUCUCUUCCUGGAUCCCUUACAAAUGUCAAAUCACUACAGAAAUCCCCCGGGCAACAGAGAGAGCGUAAAUCCUCCUCUUCCUCCACUGAAGACCGGAAUCGUAUGAAGACACUCGGACGUCGAGAUUCCAGUGACGAUUGGGAAAUUGCAGAUGGGCAAAUCACAGUUGGGCAAAGAAUAGGAUCAGGAUCAUUUGGGACUGUGUAUAAGGGAAAGUGGCAUGGGGAUGUGGCUGUCAAAAUGUUGAAUGUAACGGCCCCAACGCCACAGCAACUACAAGCCUUUAAGAAUGAAGUUGGUGUGCUGAGGAAAACACGACAUGUAAACAUCUUGCUUUUUAUGGGCUAUUCCACCAAGCCUCAGUUGGCAAUAGUCACACAAUGGUGUGAAGGUUCCAGCCUAUAUCACCACCUACACAUCAUAGAGACCAAAUUUGAGAUGAUUAAACUUAUUGACAUUGCACGUCAGACAGCACAGGGCAUGGACUAUUUGCACGCCAAAUCGAUCAUACACAGAGAUCUGAAGAGCAAUAAUAUUUUUCUUCAUGAAGACCUCACGGUAAAGAUAGGUGAUUUUGGUCUUGCUACAGUGAAGUCCCGGUGGAGUGGCUCGCAUCAGUUUGAGCAAUUAUCAGGGUCCAUACUCUGGAUGGCUCCAGAGGUAAUUAGAAUGCAGGACAAAAACCCCUACAGCUUUCAGUCGGAUGUCUACGCGUUUGGCAUUGUUCUGUAUGAAUUAAUGACUGGACAAUUGCCUUAUUCCAACAUCAACAACAGGGACCAGAUAAUAUUCAUGGUUGGGAGAGGUUAUUUGUCCCCCGAUCUCAGCAAGGUUCGGAGUAACUGUCCAAAAGCAAUGAAGAGGUUAAUGGCAGAUUGCCUAAAGAAGAAAAGGGAUGAACGGCCCCUGUUCCCACAGAUACUUGCAUCCAUUGAACUCCUGGCCCGAUCAUUGCCAAAAAUUCACCGCAGUGCGUCAGAGCCGUCCUUGAAUCGAGCUGGCUUCCAGACGGAAGACUUUAGCCUCUAUGCCUGUGCUUCUCCAAAAACUCCCAUCCAAGUCGGAGGAUAUGGCGAAUUUACAGCCUUCAAGUAACUGCACUGCCACUCCAGCACCUCUCUUACUUCUAAAGUCUUGUGUUCUUAUAGUUUUUCUUAGCACUGGAACUAAACCAACAAAUACAUCCAUACUGUAAAAGGGACCAGCAUGAACCAUCACAGAAAGAGGGGGCGGGAUAAGGGACCAAGCAAAUCCUUCACAUUUGCCACUCGAAUGAACACAGCAGUGCUGUCCAGUUGCUACUCCCUUCACAACCCACUGGUGUAUUCACCGCUAAGGAAAGGGCAUGGCCUUUGGCUUUGUUCGGGCAUGAAAAAAUGGAUCUUCUGCAUUGUGGAAAUUUUUUCUUCUGACUAUCCAAGCUACUAACAAGGGGCUCACUUUUUUUUUUUUUAAUCUCUUUUCUUUUUCGGACUACACACCAAUCACCAUGGGACAAACUCCACUCAAAUUGUCUGGGUUGAUUUUACUCUUUACUAAUGUUUGGAGAAUAAAAUGCCUGAUCUCCCUUCACACCCUUUCCUCCCCCUUCAGCCACACUUUUUUUUUUUUCUUUCUUUCUUUCUUUUUUUUUUUGGCAAUUAAAAAAUGUGAUAGAAAGUGAAACGUAUAUUAGGGAGAGCCCUCAGUUAUUGUAUUUUAUAAGUGAUUUAAACUUUACAUAUGAAUUUCUAAACUUAAAGGACUCUAUAGUCACCAAAACAACUUUAGCUCAGUGGUGUAGUUUUGGUAUAUAGACCAUGCCCCUGCAGUGUCACUGCUCAAUUAUCUGCCAUUAAGGAGUUAAAUCACUUUGUUUAUGCAGUCACACCUCCCUACAUGUG